AGCUCGGCGAGCGGCAGCGACGCGGGCGGUGGCGGCAUCCUUGAGCGCGCAAGUGCGGCCGUCGGCCUCGGCGAAGCCUCGCGCACACGCGCCGCCGCAAAGAUGGCCGAGGCGCGUGAGCGCGGCGUGAGCUGGACAGAGGCGACGUCUGAGGCGAUGCGCGACGUGCGCAAGGAGCGUCGAUCUGAGUCGCUGCGCGAGUUUUACGAGGGGCUCGCUGCGGCGCCCACCUUUGACCUCGGAGCGCUGCGCGCGCAGUACGAGGAAGGCCUGGCUGCCGAAGACAAGAUGACGGCGACGCAGAGGAUGGGGCUGCGCUUUGACCAGCUGCGGGGAGGCGAGCAGGCGCAGGCGCUCGACGAGAUGAAGGCGGAGCUCCGCACCUCGCUCGCCAUCCUCGACGCGAUGACACCCGCGGAGGCGCGCAACCCGCUCGUGCUCGUCAAGGCCUCGCGCGCCGCCAAGGAGCGCAUCGUCGGGCAGGUCGGCCUCUCGAGCGACGCUCCGAUCAAGUCGGUCCUCAUGCAGUUCGAGUGGUCGCUCAUCCAGCACGAGUUUUUGCGACGCGAGAGGCUUGCGGGCCGGACGCUGCCGCGGACGCAAGAGGAGAUGGAGUGGAUGCUGCGGCAGCGCCCCACCUCGCGCGCCUUCCGCAUGCUGCGCUCGGAGAGCAUGCGCAUGCAAGGGCGGAUGCGCGCGUCGAAGGUGGCGCGCCCGCGCGGUUUUGCAGCUGAGCGUGGGUUGCGGUUGGUGAACUGAUCUGGUGAGGUUCGAGUGUGACCACGCACCCCCGAGAGAUCGAUAUGAGAAAAGUCGAAUGGUUAUGUGUAGUAUUGAGUAAGGAGCGUGCCCUGGCCCCUAGCCGAUCA